AACCACGAAAAAAAAAAAAAUAUUCCCAAUUAUUUCUUCCUCUCCCAAAAUGCGUUCUUCUUGGUCACCUCCGCCUCUAAAAAUACCCUUUCUUCUUGCUCUGCUUCUCUUUGCUCAUAUUGGCCAGUCUUUCACUUCUGAUAUCUUCGACAGCUGGUGCGAACAGUAUGGCAAGAAUUACUCCUCUGAGGUAGAGAAGCUCUUCAGGCUCCGCGUGUUUGAAGACAAUCUCGCCUUUGUUACUCACCACAACGGUGUGGCCAAUUCCUCUUCUACCCUUUCCCUCAAUGCUUUCGCUGACCUCACCCACCAUGAGUUCAAGACCUCCCGGUUGGGCCUCAGCCUCGCUUCUGCCGAUGCCCUUGUCUCUCCUCCUCGAGAUUCUUCAUCUUUCAAAAUUCCCGGUUUCUCAGCUCAACUUCCAUCCUCCAUCGAUUGGAGGGGAAAAGGUGCAGUCACGAAGGUGAAAGAUCAAGGGAGUUGUGGUGCUUGUUGGUCUUUCUCUGCCACCGGUGCAAUAGAAGGCAUAAAUCAGAUUGCCACAGGAUCUCUUUUGAGCCUCUCGGAGCAAGAGUUAGUUGAUUGUGACAGAUCUUAUGAUUCUGGGUGUGGUGGUGGACUUAUGGACUACGCAUUUGAAUGGGUUAUAGAAAAUCAUGGGAUUGACACAGAACAGGAUUAUCCAUAUCAAGGAGGAGAAAAGACCUGUAACAAAAAUAAGUUAAAAAAACGAGUUGUAACCAUUGAUGGGUACGUUGAUGUGCCUCCCAAUAGCGAGGAACAACUGCUCCAGGCUGUUGCAUCUCAACCUGUGAGUGUAGGUAUAUGUGGUAGUGAAAGAGCUUUCCAGUUGUACUCAAAGGGGAUCUUCACUGGCCCAUGUUCAACUUCUUUGGAUCAUGCUGUAUUGAUUGUUGGUUAUGGUUCCGAAAAUGGAGUUAAUUACUGGAUUGUGAAGAACUCCUGGGGAACAGGUUGGGGAAUGAAUGGCUACAUUCACAUGGUGCGAAACAGUGGCAAUACACAAGGGGUUUGUGGUAUAAACAUGCUAGCUUCGUAUCCAACUAAGACUAGUCCAAACCCCCCUCCACCCUCCCCUGGCCCAACUAGAUGCAGUAUCCUGUCCUACUGCUCAGAAGGGGAAACCUGCUGCUGUAGUUGGCGCUUAUUGGGAGUAUGCUUUUCAUGGAAAUGUUGCGAGCUGGAUUCAGCGGUGUGUUGCAAGGAUCACCUUUCUUGUUGCCCUCAUGAUUAUCCAGUUUGUGAUACCCAAAGAAAACAAUGCCUUAAGAGUACUGGGAACUUCACAAGAGUAAAAGGGAUUAAGAAGGCAAGUUCUUUCUGGAAGUCUGGAGGUUGGAAUUCUAUUCUUGAGGCUUUGAAUUGGUAAAAUGAAUAGCUUUAAGGUACUGCUGUUAUUAUUAUUUAUUGUUUUUGGUAUGAUCAUCAGUAUUGUUUCUU